GCGCGUACUCGCUGAACGCACCGUUCAACUGCCAUAAAACGGUCAAAUUGACGGGCACGUCAUGAUGUCUCUGCUGUUAACGGGAAAUCCAAUCAGUUUAUUUUCGGUCUAGAUAACUUCACUGUGCGAAGGACCCCUCCUGUUGAUUUCCCGUGGGGAUUGACAUUGUGAUAUGCCAUCCCAAACCAAAGAGAGUUCCCUGGCUGAGCCCCAGCUCACCAGCGCCAUCGUGGUGGACCCGGAUCGGCCAGCGACCAAUAACGCCACUGGCCCCUCCCCGGUGAUGCCCUCGCUGUCUCCCUACCCACUGGCCGGAGAGCCUCACCUUGGCGUGAUUGCAGAGAGGAAGAAUGCGGCAAAGAAGAUGUUAGACUUUGGCGACCCUGCAGAUACCGAGAUUGACGAGGGAGUCAAAGCAAUUGAAGACGGAGGGUGUAGCACGGAAGAAGUGGUCAGCGUCCAGGGAGAACUCUCCCCGAGAAAUACCGACGCAGAGGCGACCCAAGUGUCCGGCUUAACAACUCCCCAGGCGCUUGACUCCCCGGGCAGCCCUCAUAUUGUAGGAAGAGCAUUUAACACUGAGCAUGUUUCCUUAACACCUCCACCUCUAGAAUCUUCCACUCUGAAGCGGCACCAUUCGGUUUCGCCCGAAAAUUCACGAGCUAAACACCUUUGCAACACAUCACCGGAUUUCUCAGACUUUUUCCCCCAUGAAACUUCCACUUCAUUCCGCCAACCUGAACUCGUAGCAGACUUGGAGUUGGGAGAUUGUCAAGGUCAGGGGUCAUCUCUUCCUGUGUUUUCUAGAAAUUCUCUUGCAGACAUGCCGUUCCUGGAUUUCCAUCAAGGCGCUGAAGGCGAGGCAGGCGAUCCAGAGGACGUUCUCCGUUGCCAUGGCAUCAAUCUCUUCGAAAACCCCGCCCACCGCGAGGAGCUAAUAAAUUUCUGCCAACAAUCACUCGCACAUUCAAACGAACACGCUGGUGAUCUGAACAGCAACAAUAAUAAGGCUGACUUGUGCGAGGGUCAUGACUACCAAUGUCAAACUGCGCAUGACAAGCUGGCCUCAGUGAUCCAACGCGCACGCUCCAAGGGGUUCCUGGUCAGCGACGCAAUGUAUUUCGAUGGCAAGCAGUACGUGCCCAUCAAAGUGGCCACCAACGGGCGGGGAAAGUUCAGGCUCCUCCUACCGCCGGACCACCCCCACCGAAAGGGCGUGGCCGAGGAGAUACCCAUCUUCACGACUUUUGAGAUCGACAGCAGUGAGGACGCAUUCACUCAGGAUGACGAGGAAGGAAGCGAACAGUCUCACGAAAGUAACUGAGAUGUCUGUGGGUAUGACGCACCUUGGGCGAAACAACGUCAAGGUACCAUGCUUGUGACGUCACCAAACAACAGUAUUUGCAAAGGGUUUCUGGCAAUUUCCUUUUGUAUCAUUUCAAACACGUGUGAUCUGGUCCAACAGUACUGUUUAUGUUGUGCAUAUCUAUAGCACGCCCCAACCACCUGUUUUUCCGUUUGAAAAUUAUUUUUUGUGUUGGACUAGAAUUAACACAAGCUAAGACAAAAGUAGUUUUUUUGUCAGUUUUUUGGUUUACUUUAAAACCUCAUGGAAAUAUGAAUAAGAUUUUUGGCACUCAGUUGUCCAUUACCAGCAAUUUGAUUAAUAUACGAAUCCCCCUUUUUUCAAAUCUUUUCUUUGCAGUUCAGUUUGCAUGCAGUCAAGUCCCAAAUUCACUGCCGUUGUAAAUUGAAGAAAGAUGUGAAGGAGUGAUUCCGUAAUUAAGUUAGUACUUGUCGGUUGAACACUUUGUUGUUCCCGGGCAAAAGAAUCUCAAAACAAAGGCCCAUUUUUAGCUUGGGAUGCGGUGUAGGCUCGAUGGCAUUAUGACAGUUUUGGUUUGGCUUUGUUACUAAUGUGCGGUACACUUUAUCUGCCAUCGAACCGAGUAGGUUUCUUGUAUGCCCUCACAUUAAUUUUGUUAGCAAACCCGGUUCUGGCGUUUAAAGCCCUUCGUGAAAUAUACUUCCGAAAACUUGAAGUAUAGACGACGCAGAACUUUACUUUUUUAAUAUUCUGGAAAUGAAAUUGAAAAUCUUUUCCAAAAAUGUCCACACCCAACGAAUGAUUCCCAUGGACUGGGUCUCCGCUUGUGUAAAAAAACAAAAAACAAAAAAAAACAAACAAACAAAAAAACAUACACUCUGUCUGUUAUUAAAAUGCUUGGGUUCCCGUCGGUGCACUCCAAACCUCAGUUGAUAUUCACUUUUAUGAUUCACAUAAUCCUGUAGUAAGAUACCGCUUUUGCGGCCUUUGUAAUGAUGGUUUUCAGGCUCAUUUCAAGAUAAUCUGUUUACAUGUAUUUAUUUUCGGGUCGGGCAAUCAUAAAAAAGACGGUGACUAAAUCA